AUGCAAUUUAAUUUUUCUUUGCAUGUUUCCACAGCCGCUGAGAGACACGCCCGAAAACUGUGGAAGAGAGGACACAAGAGACGAAUCCAGCGAGUUCUUGGGAAGAAGUUCGAACAACCACCAGCUGGAGGAAAGUUAAGGACAACCGGGCUUCCCAAUUAUGUGACUGAUGCUGUUGUGUCCAAAGACAUCCAGCAUUUAAACUUGUCAGACAAAUACGCUCUGGCAGUUAUAAAUGGCUUCGUCCCUUCAGCUGGACAAGGUCGUAACGUUGUCACGGACUACCUUCGUCCUUUUUUGACUCCCCAGAUGGAUCUUGUCCAUGACGAUGGGGAGGUCAAUGAAAUGGACGACGAUGACGAAUUCACCAGAGCUGGCAGCCGUCAACAGGCCCUCGCAGCUGGCCAUCGACAUGCGCACUUUGAACUUGGCCGUGUGCAGAAUUAG